CGAUGACGAUUGAUACCAACCUGGUAAAUGAGUAAAUGGUAGUGCUACUAUUCCACAAAUCAGGCCACUUGCCGAUGAGUAGAACACGGUUCCACCUUGCAAGCUGACGAGGAAACAAUGACGAUUGAUACCAACCUGAUGUUGUGAGGCACCACAUCACUAUGAGUCAAACUUGGACUGCUAGCAUUGUGUACGUCGCAGAUGGGGGUCUUUGCGCUACUAAUCUGACCAUUGCUACUUUCUCUACCAUUGCUUCGUCUACCCAUCUUCUUGCACAUAUGGUAGUGGACUGAUCAAUCCCCUUUCACACCAUCACCACACCUGCAAACAGCUGACCUGAUAGGUUACAGAAGAGAAGAACUACCCAUGGAGAAGAGCAGGUAUGGCUCGUGUUCUUCUCACCAUGGGUUAUUGCUAGCGCUGCUGUUUUUCUUGCUGUUCGAGAUGUCCAUGGCCCGCGUGCAACCACUGCAGCUAAACAAAGCGCAGGAAAGCACCAUGAGAAACCUUUCAAGCAUGGUGUCCGCCAUGGCUCCGUGGAGCAACUGGAACACAACCGACUCGAACCCGUGCCUGUGGAGUGGGGUCACUUGCUCUGUGCCGUCUAAACGCCCCGGUUCAUCUGCAGUUGUGCUCCACCUCUCCAUGUCUCGCUUUGGCCUCUCCAACUCCACCAUACUUGCCUGCUUAUGCUCCCUUGAUACAUUGGAAUCUCUGGAUCUCUCACAAAACAGGUUCACUGAUUUGCCACGGCAGUUCUCCUCAUGCCCCUUGGGUGCCAGAUUGCGCACGCUCAAUUUGAGCUAUGCUCAGUUGCCUGGUCCGCUCGGUGACUUCACUCGUUUCCGUAAACUGGAGGUUUUUGAUUUCUCCUUCAGUUUGCUGAGUGGAAAUGUAAACAAACAGUUGAGUUCUUUGCCCAGAUUGAGAAGCUUGAACCUCAGUUCUAAUAACCUUGAUGGUGGCCUCCCAACAAAUAUGGUCCACUCUUUGAAGGAACUGGUGCUAUCUGGCAACAGCUUCAGUGGCUUGAUACCUAGUGGAAUCACCAUGAAUACCGAGAUGUUGGAUUUGAGUUACAAUAAGCUUAGUGGUGAGAUACCUUCUGAUCUGUUCUUGGUUGCUGGUUUGCAUACCGUUGAUCUCACCGGCAACAUGCUUGAAGGGCCCAUCCCACGAGGAUUCUCUCGCAGCCUUUAUCGCCUUUGUCUCGGAGGGAACUUGCUCAAUGGUAGCAUCCCAGGAUCGAUUGGUGAUGCCUCAAGCCUGUCUUAUCUUGAACUGGACAAUAACUACUUGACGGGAGGCAUACCCCGGCAAGUGGGCAGAUGCAGUAAGUUGGUUCUCUUGGAUCUGGCAAGCAACCAAUUGAACGGUGCAGUGCCCACUGAGAUCGGCAAGCUUGAUAGCCUGGCUGUUCUGAAACUCCAAAUGAACAAUUUUGAUGGACAUAUACCAAGCACACUUGUCGAUCUGGUGAACUUGAAUGUAUUGAACCUUAGCCAAAACUCAUUUACUGGAGAGAUACCGCAAGAAAUUUUCCAGCUACCGCGGCUUUCAAACGUAAAUUUGCAGGUCAACAAGAUCACUGGCGACAUUCCAACUUCAAUAAGCUCAUCGCAAUCUCUUAUUGAACUUAAUCUCGGGGAUAAUGACCUCACUGGUGUAAUCCCCACGAUGCCAACCAGCUUGAGUGCAAUUCUGAAUCUAAGUCACAACCAUCUCAGUGGGUCCAUUCCUUCAAAUAUUGGCGUUUUGAAGGACCUGGAGAUCCUUGAUCUUUCCUACAACGACUUGUCUGGCCCGAUACCAUCCUCGCUCGAAGGGUUGCAAAGCUUGACACAGGUGGUGCUUUCUUAUAAUCAGCUGUCUGGAUCCCUUCCAGCAUUUCGAUCAUCUGUGGCAGUCGAUUCCACGGGGAAUCCGGAUCUUCUUAACAACACCGCCAAUGCUUCGGACGUGAUGACACGCACUGAAGAUCACAGCUCAGCUAUAUGGGUUGCGGCAGUUUCAUUUGUAGUUGGCUUCGUUGUCUCUUUCUAUGGGGAUGGGAUCAGAAACGGGUGGCUUGCAGGUUGAAUCGGCAACUAGCUGGCUGCUUCGUGCUGCAAGCCGAAGUGCCGAACCCAACGCCAGGCCAUGGAUGCAUGUUAUCUAUUUAUUUUGGUUUGGAUUAAAGAUACCAAUGCGGCUGUAAGAAAUAAAAGCUAAAGUACACUUAUCUUUUUCUCCGCAUAAUUUGCAUUGAAAGGUAUUUUCUCCGCAGAAUAGUUGAACUGCAGCAGAGUAUCCAGUUUGUCAUUAGGAAAAGUUCAUAUGUAACACUCGACGAACAACGCAUUGGACUUUAAUUAAGAACAAUCGAUCGCUAUUCUUGCAGUUGUAGAUAGUAAACAAGAAAACUGUAAACCACUACAUCUGUCCCUAAAUAUAAGACUCUUUUGCAGGUCAAUUAAUUUAAAAA